GUGGGCAAGUGUGUGUUUGUGUGUGUUCGUCUCAACGUAGCACGAAAUGUGUCUCCUCUCAGCUAAGACGCACACACUAACGGGAGACGUGCUAGUUAACGGUUUUUUUAUAUUGAAAGUUUUGUUUUGUCGCCUUAAGAUUGUUCCGAUAUUAUACUAUGUAUAUUAAAACAUUCCGCUUGUAAAACGCAAUAUUUAUUGGCCAAGAGCUGCCGACUUCGUUUCUACUAAGAGUGUCCGCUUCCCCUCCCCUCGAUGAAGCGCUGCGAUGCCCUCUGAUUUUAUAUCCCUCCUUAGCUCGGAUCUCGACCUCAAUUCUCCCAAAUCUCUAUACUCAAAAGAGUCGGUAUAUGACCUCCUCCCCAAAGAGCUCCAGCUCCAGCCGUCGUCCACCCAGACAGACCCGCCCUCCAUGAGCCAGAAGAGUGGGGGAGAGGCGGGACCUCCCCCUUCUGCAUCCUUGGCCUCAGAUGCCACCUCUUCCACCUCCAGCCCCUCUGCCUCCUCCUCCCUGGCCAUGGGAGCCCUAUCCUCUGGCUCCUCUACCUCAUCCUCAGAUCAUCUCAAGGUUCCUCAGCAUCUCCACUCCACAGGAGGGGAUGGAGCUGGAGCUACAGAGGUUCAAGGUAUGGAGGGUGCUGUAUCUGCCCCCAGCAGAGGCAACAAUGGAGCAAACACUGCAACAGGAGACAUAGGGUCAGGAGUGUUGUCAGGGCUAGGAGUCCAGCAGCCUCAGAACACCCCGUCAAAACGGAGGCCUGUAUUGAGCAUAUCCCCGCCACCAGAGGACCUAUUUGACGACAGCCAGAUGUCUUGCCAAGAGGAGCCUGCCGUAUCUGCUCCAACAGGUCCAGAUUCAGAGCAUAGCAGCAGCAUGUGGGCUGAUGACUCCGUCUCCAACUUCAGCCUGAUCAGCUCCGUCUCCUACAACGACAACACAGAGGUGCCACGCAAGUCUAGGAAACGCACCCCUCGCCAACGGCCUGGGCCCAAGCCUGCUCCUCCAGAGGACAGCAUGGAUGUGUUUGAUGCUGACAGCGCCAAGGCCCCUCACUUUGUCCUAUCCCAGCUGGGCACAGACAAGACCAGUCCCAUAACCAGCUCUCUUGAGUCAGGAACUGCCGUGAAGGGUGGAUCCCUGUCUACUCAGUUCCCCCAGAGGAGUGAUGGGAAAGAGCUAAAGAUCCUGGUGCAGCCAGAGACCCAGCACAGAGCUCGCUAUCUGACCGAGGGCAGCAGAGGUUCUGUCAAAGACCGCACACAGCAGGGAUUCCCCACUGUCAAGUUGGAAGGCGUGAGUGAACCAGUUGUGUUGCAGGUGUUCGUAGCGAAUGAUGCAGGCAGAGUGAAGCCUCACGGAUUCUACCAGGCAUGCAGAGUGACAGGACGCAACACCACUGCCUGCAAGGAGGUGGACAUAGAAGGCACCACGGUUAUUGAGAUCCCUCUGGAGCCCAGCAAUGACAUGACACUCGCGGUGGACCGUGUAGGAAUUUUAAAGCUACGUAAUGCAGACGUGGAGGCCCGUAUCGGUGUGGCAGGGUCCAAGAAGAAGAGCACGCGUGCCAGGCUGGCCUUCAGAGUCAACAUCCCACAACCUGAUGGAUCAGUCCUUACUCUACAGGUCACUUCAUCACCCAUCCUCUGCACCCAGCCAGCAGGGGUGCCAGAGAUCCUGAAGAAAAGUCUUCACAGCUGCUCAGUGAGAGGAGGAGACGAAGUUUUUAUCAUCGGAAAGAACUUCCUCAAAGGAACCAAAGUUAUUUUUCAGGAGAAUAUCGCAGAUGAUAAUUCCUGGCAAGCUGAGGCAAAGAUUGACAUGGACCUUUUCCAUCAGAACCAUUUGAUAGUUACAGUCCCUCCGUUCCACAAGCAGUCAGUCACUUCUCCCGUUUCUGUGGGAAUCUACGUGAUGACCAAUGCUGGUAGAUCACAUGACGCCCAGCCCUUCAUCUACACUCCAGAGUCAGCUGAUAACUCAAAUGUCCGGACAGUGAAAAUAGAGGGACCCUCCCUGGUCAAGACUUGUAUAUUUGAUGGCCAGAUCAAAUCUAUGUCUUCUGAGCAAACUGACAGCUCUGCGCCACCUUCCAAACGGCAAGAGGACACACCAAUGGAAGUGUCUAGCAAUCCACCUCCCACAGAUGUCUUUAAGUCAUCCCCUGACCCUCUUGUUGUGGUGCAGCAGACACUGGAGCUCAGCUCUAGUCCUCAUCAAGGUGGAGAGUCCUUUCAGAGCCCAAUGCCCCUACAACUUGAAGAUGUGGAGCUUCCCCAGGCACUCCCGGUCUUCCCUAGCUUAGAGUCUCUCAGCACCAUACAGAAGCAAGACAUUGCCCCCACAACCUCCUUCCCAGUGCCGGGCGAUACGACCAUCCCCCCUGUGACACCAGAAGUCCCACAGCAAUUCCUCAGAGACCCUCAGGACAGCAUACCACCUGAGAGUUCCAAUAAUAGUGGAGGGGUCGUAGUUGUGGCCAUGCCCCAGAUAGCAACUCCCUCUCAGCCCCAGCCACAACAGUCACAGGUUCCCUUGUUCCCCCAGGAAGGGGUGGCCCAACUGGAGAGGGCAGUAAGGGAGCUACAGGCUGGAGGUAACACCACGCUCCAGCAAGUGUUGGAGGCGGCUGUAGCCCAGCAGCAGCUGAACUCUGUGCUGUACAGCCCCACCCCCUCUGCAGACUCCCUUCAGCAGCACGUCCAGGAGAACAUGAAUAGCCUUCGAUUGGGAACCACAGAUAAUUCCCUAUCGACACAGCAACAGCUACAAAUACAACAGCGACAGCAGAUGCAACAGCGACAGCAGAUGCAACAGCAACAGCAGAUGCAACAGCAGAUGCAACAACAACAACAGCAGCAGCAACAACAACAACAAAUACAGCAACAGUUUCAACAGCAUCAGCAACUGCAGCAACAACAGCAAAUUCUUGGUAACCUUCAGCAUCAACAACAGCAGCAACACUUGCAGCAGCAGCAACAGCAGCAGCAGCAAGUUCUUGGCAACAUGCAGAUCCAACAACAACUUAUAUUACAGCCACAAGACCAGCAGCAACUGCAGCAACAGCAAAUCAUGGAGAAUAUUCAACAGCAACAACAAUUGCAACAAAAUCAGCAACAGCAAGUCCUUAACAACAUCCAACUUCAGGAUCAGCAACAACAAAAUCAAAUGCUGACCUUACAACAACAUCAGCUACAGCAGCAGCAACAGCAAAAUCAAGCGUUGAGCAACUUACAACAACAACAGCAACAACAACAACAACAACAACAGCAACAACUGCAAGAGCAGCAGGUGUUGGAGAAUUUACAACAGCACCUUCAGGCUGAGUUGCUUCAGCCUCAAAUCCACUCCUCCCCCCAAGUACAGCAGCCAGUGUCCCUGCUUCAACAGGCUGGAGAGUUGCUCACCAUUCAGACCAGCUUCCCCACUCAGCCUCCGUCCCACACAUCUCCCCCACAACAGCUCUUUCAAUCGCCCAGGCCCCUCGCUGAGACCCAGAGCUCGCAACAGGUCCAGGCUGCCCUGCUCCAGAAUACGCUGACUGUUCUGACUAGUGGCAGUCUCAACUCAGAGCAGCAGCCUACGGGGUCAACCCUUUACCUGUCCCCAAACCCCCAGCCUCAACAACAGCAACUGGCAUUCAUCUCCUCCAUGGAGACAUCUAACAGCCAGCCCCAGUCUGUUGCAAUGUUUCAGAACCAACCACAAGCUCAGCUUUCCCAAAUGCAGCAACAGAGCACCCCCAUGGAGCAGCAGCAGUCUCCACAGCAGAACCAACAACAGCCGCAGCAGCUUCCAAUGGGCCAGCAGGGCUCCUUGUUUCAAAGUAUCCCAAACCACUCGCAGCCUAACCCUGUCCCCCAGAGCCAGCUUUCCCAGCCCCAGCAGACGGGUCUCCUCCUUUGCACCACAGAUCUGAACCCACAGGCUAUUCCCCCAACUAUUCUCUUCAGCACCCAGACUCAAGGUCCUUCCACUAUGGGGACCAUUAGUGUUGGAAUCCCCCAUUCAGACCCAUCAGAGCCCAUGUCCUUUCAAGACCAGAGCUCUUUAGGCGGCAACUCGACCUCCACUGAGAACAGACAGCAGAGCCUGUUCCAGGAACAGCAGCCAAUGCAAGUGGGAUUAAGUUCUAGCAGCGUCCAGAGCAGUCAGCCUGUGGAGCUGUUCUUGCCACAGACAUCUCUGUCCAGCCUGCAGAGCACUAUUGGCUCACAGGAGCUGAACAACCAAGCUCCAGCUCCUGGCACAACCAUCUUCGUGGUACAGGGUGGUGUGAGUGUCGUAGCCAACCCUGGCCAGCAGCCCCCGGAGCAGCUUUUCCAGACAACUGUGGGUGGGAAUGUGGCUCCACAAGGACAGGCCAACCUGUUUGUGUUUGGCAUCCAGAAUGACUCGCCCCAGCUGCUCAAUUCUUCCGGACCCGUCCUGCCAGCUCAGGGCCAGCCCCAGAACUCCAGUCACAUGCAGCCUCUGUUGGACCAGCCUAUGGCCCAAGCUGCCCCCACAAUGCCAGCCACCAUGCACAGCAGCUUACAGAACACCCUUCAGGCACAAAUGCAGUCGAGCUUAGAGAACGCCAUGCAGACCAGCCUACAGAAUGCAAUGCAGACAAACACGCAAACAGCUCUACAGUCCAGUUUACAGGCAACCAUAGAAACGAGCCUGCCAACUCCAAUGCAGACCAAUCUACAGACACAGAUACAGAGCAGCUUACAGAAUCAAUUGCAGGCUUCAAUAUCUGCAUCGUCCAACAUGGAUAAAAUUUAGGACUUACUGGAAAGCCUACAGAAGAAGUGAUAAAUGUUUGGACCAUGUGGGCACUAAGGAGAGUGAAUGAAAUGUAGCCGAGAGUUAGACAUCCUUACAUCAACAAACAAGAAUGGUGGUGUGUGUUGUUUUGUGCCAAUGCCACAAAUCUUAAAAAAAAAAAAAAAUAUUCAAGAAUGAAUUGCCCCUUUUACCUAAAACCCAAAUUAUGAGCUCCUUGUUUUAUGGAAUAUUUAUGAAUUAAUUAUAGCCUUCAUACAUCCAUUGUCCUUGAAUUGAAGAAUCCGCCUUUGUUAUUACCCCUCUUGCAGGAUCAGAGAGGCCUGUAAUAACUGCUUUAUCCAUCAGUCUCAGAAAUGCAGUGUUUUGUUGUUGGAGUGUUUUAAUAAUGUGAUCCUAAGAGAUGAUGAUAAAUACUACCAGGUUUGGUGGAAAAACUGUUAAGGGAUAAAGAAUGUCAGCGAGAGGGAAACAGGGGAAUAGCAAUGUGAGAGGAGUCGGUAAGAGCAGGCAGAUUAGAUAAAGCAGCCAGCCAUGGAGUGAAUAUCAGAUUGUGUCAGAUGUAGGCUGAAUCUCAUUUUGUGAGUGUAAACUCCAAGCCUUCACGUCACUCUUAGAGGCCGUGUGUGAGAUGUGUUUGUCUGUUCAUCACGUGGAAAACAAUUAUAUAAAUAGGGAUGAAAUAAUGUCACCACUGAAAUUCAACUGUGGCUAUUGUAAGAUGUUUUGCAAUUAUUUGACCUUGUGUUUGCAUAUGUCAACAACCGGACUAAAAUCUACUCUAAGAGUAAAGACUGUUAAAUGAAUUACUUUUGUAGAAUGUUUUGCCGCCAUCAUAUUUGCUGGAAUGGCUGGAGUAUGCACAUGAACAGACUCUAAUCAGGAGGAGGAGAGUUUGAAUAUUGAUAUACUCCACAAAACAAAAUAUUAACUCGCUCACCAAAUUCUGAUCAAUCAAUACAUUCUGGUAUUGUAGGGGAUUCCCCCCAAAAGCAGAAAGAGGUGGUACUAUUAAACGCUCACAAAUGAGAUUCACCCAGGUGAAAAAUGUGACUUGGCCUUUUGUUUUGGCACCGCCCAGUGUUUUCAUAGGUCAAUGCCUCGCUACUGGGCUUGCAGAAGCUUUUUUGGUGAAAUUUUAGGAAGCAUUCAAUGUAGUGUGUGUAUUUUUUUUGUUUCGAAGAAGUUGGUAACCUUUACCAAUUUAAUGUGGAUAGAAAGAAACUUUCCACUAGUGAAAAUGGAGUGUUGUGUGGUUUUAUAAACAUUUUAUCUCAAGCACUUUAUAACCUCUAGCUAAUCCUUAUAUUCGUCCACAGCUCUCUACUGACCCAGCUGAAUUUGUACUCGGAAACGUCCAGUUAAAAACAAAACAAGAAAAAAAAUACACAGCAGUUGUCUUUGUAAAAGGUAAAUACAUCUUAACCAAGCAUUUUUACAUUUUUCUCAUAUCUGAAUAUUUUUGAGGUCUAGGACAACUUUGUAUAGAAUGUCUACUCACUGUUGAAUUCCUCUUUGUAUUCAGUCUCAGUGGUCCAGUCAAGUCUGUCUAAACAAACAGCCAUUCCCACAAAAGCAUUGUCAUUUUUCAGUGUUGGAGUGGUAAGUAGGCCUUUGUGUUUUACACGCUGACAAAACACCUAAAAUACUGAUUCGUUUUAGUUUGUGCAUUGAAAUGAAGGAUUUUUCAUCGUAUUGCUAUUUGUACUAUUUACUGUUCAAUCUGUCACUUGAGACUGUUUUACCUUGUGUUGUGUUAGAUAUUUAAGUUUUCGUCUCAGUGUCGGUACCGUGUGCAGGCCGGCGCCAUGUGAAGUUGGCAUCCAGUACCCGUCCCUUGUGUUGUGAACAGGGGCUCACUGGUAAAUGAAAUCUCUGUUACAUAGAGGCCGCCAUUUUGAUUCUAUCUAUGGUGCUAUGUGCAGGAGUGAUGGGCACUUCUGAUGUGAUGUUAGUACAUAACAGUUUAUACUUCUAUCUAUAGCACUGACAUUAAUUGUUAGUUUUGACGCAGAGUUGAGUCUAGAGAGCUGGCUGUUGUUGUGGGGUCAGACUGGAAUGCACCCAGGCAUACCAAAGCUCCUGUUGUGAAUCGUCGUCAUCUUGUCUCAUACUUGUCCUUGCAAAUGCUAUCAUAAUGUUUACUCAUUUGUACUUACUCAUUUAAGUUAUGCAGCUCUUACAUGGAUAGUAAUUCAGCAUGUUGUUUUAAGUACAAGAUUUAUAAAAGAUAUGUAAAGGUACUUUGUUUCAUGGAUCAGUUAACCUCUCAUAACAUUUCCACUAAUUUGAUACAUUACUCUAUUUUUUUUUUUUGUGGUGCAAAAUAACACAGCAGUACUUUCCAUAUCUACAACAGUGGCCAAUUUGGCAUUAUCAAAAAGCCAAUUAUUGAUAAUAAUUCAAAUGUUAGAAUAGUAUUGCUCUCAUAUGCAUUUGUUUACAUUUUCAUAGUCAUACUAUUUUGUCCUGCAGCUGUUGGUGAUCCAUUUUAAAGUAACUUAUCUUUUUUAGAAUUUUGUAUCCAUGUAUCAAAAUGUAGAGUAUUUUUGUAAAACUAAACUUUUUGGUUUAUGCUCAUAGCACAGAAUAUAUCAUUGCUGGUAUGUUUUCCUGAAAUGAAGCGCAGGUUUAUUGUGACGUGUGUGUGACUGAAUUUAGAAAUGUAAUUAAGUGGACAUCAAGCAAAUAUGUUGGAACUUAAUUCUACUGUUUUAACAUUGACUUUACCCAACCUGUAUAACAUAAUACAUGGGCUAGGUUUUUCUUGUGUGUGUGUGUGUGUGUGUUUGUUUGUUUUUUAUGUCAUGCAUCUCAAAUGGCACUUUGACUCAUCCAUUAACUGUAGAUCAGGUUAGAGCGCAGUAGUGAUGUUUCCAAGCAUUCCAGUCCUCUUGGGGAGUUUAAGAGCACAUGAUGUUGCGGAACAGUAAUGCCUCUUAAAGCCAUACCAACACAGAAAGCCAACCUGUGACUUCAGUUUCAUGAAUGUAAAUUUUACCUCAUGAUGUGGACUUAGAGCUUGCUCUACAUCUAACAUCGGACCAAUUACAGUUUUAGAGAACAUAUAUUUUGAGGCAGAGAGGGUGGGUGAGGUGGCACCAACUGUCAUUUGUAUCACUGUACAUUUGUCAGAUUGUUUUGUCUUGGAUUGUGGUGUAAUGUCAUGUUUUUCACGUCCAGUUUAAUUUUGAGCAAUCCAGGAUGCUCAGUCUGACUCUUCGAAUAGCCACUUCCACCGGGAAGAAACAUUAAUUUAAAAGGUGGUGAAGAUAGCACACAAAUCUUUACAAAAUAUCAGUUUUGUCCUUCAGUCAUGUAAUGAAUAUCCAUGUAUAUUUAAAUGUGAAAUAUACUGCAGGGGUAUCUUGAAUUUCAAUUGUGAUGCUUUCAACAGAACUUUGUGUGCCUUGAUAACUUAACUGUUACUCUGCUGUGUUUACUGGUGUGUCAUUGGCUCCUUGUCCUUUUUAUUCUCUAGGACUGUUGAUCAGGACACUUUUCAGUGAUUUUAAUUUUUAUUUCUAAACGCAAGCAUAACUAUAGCCCAUUCAGAUAUAUUUUAUUUCAAAAAUAAAAUCGUGCAGCUUCACCAGUGAUUUGUCAACUUGUUUGUUACUUUUUGUUGAAAAGGUUUUUCAUGCCUCAUGAGAUUUGUACAUGUGAGGUAAAAGGGACGAGACAGUGGAGAUUGUUUUAUGGAGAGCUCUCUUGUGUUGAUGUGCUUGUCAACAUUACUAUUGUUGCUGUGAACUGCUUGAUCAAAAGGAACAACCAUGAUAAAUUAACUGUUAAUUGCCAAUAGUGUGAGCUGUAUCUUGUGUGUAAUCAGUUUGCUCACUUUUCCUAGUUCGCUUUCUAUUUCACAUUCUCCAACAGUUCUGUUGUAUCCGUUCUGUGUAGCUUGAGCUUUAGUAUCUAGCCUUAAGACCCUGCAGUCGGGAUAAAGGUCAACCCCAGUGUGUUAUCAUACAUCUGAACUAUUAUUAACAUGUACUUUGCCUUGGUCUGGACAUUUGUAUACUCUUCUGUUUAUAUCUGUAAUCCUGCUGCUACAUUAAAUGAAUUAAUAAAAACGUAAA